UGUGAAAUAGUUGCACAUGCUUGUGGAAUUCACAGUGUACAUCCCACCAUCCUGGUAAUGGAACAGUAAGCAGAGGCAGGUCCACUGCGCGGACAGCAGGCGAUCGGGGAUGGCCGCGGUGGGUCUGGAACAUCCACAAGGAACCGACGUGGACCCUUCCCAGCGGAGAGGAAGGAAGCAGGGAGGGGGCCGGAGAGGUGCGGUGCACCAUUCCAGGAAGAAGGUGCAGAUUGUGCUCUGCCUGCUUCUGGUCGAGCUGUGUGAGCGCUUCACUCACUUUGGGAUUGUCUGCAACAUGGUUCUGUUCUGCACCCUGAAGCUGGGCUGCAGGAACCAUCAGGCUGCCAUGGUCAACCUGUGCUUCGUUGGAGCUAACACCUUGACUCCCGUCCUGAUGGGCUGGCUGGUCGACUCUUGCACGAAGAGAACUGCACUGGUUUACAUCUGCGCACUCCUCCACUUCACAGGUACAGUCACGUUGCCACUGGUCGCUUUCCCCUUUGAGGAUUUCUAUGUUGACACGCAGCGUAACACGCACAGCCCGGCUGCAAGGGAGCAGGUCGUGCUUUUUUACGUUGCCCUUGUGGCUGCCUCUGUGGGUUCAGGAGGAAUCCGGGCCAUUGUUUGCCCAUUCCAGGCUUACCAGCUCCAGGGGUUCAACCUACACCAACUGCGAAGCUUCUUCAACUGGUUUCACUGGUUUUCCAGCUUGAAUUCGGUGUUUGUUUUUGUGAGCAUUGCCUACAUUCAGCAGUCGAUAGCCAAAAACCUGGGCUACCUCAUCCCCUUCACAUCUGUGCUCAUGACUCUCAUCACCAUUCACAUGGUGCAGAACCGACUCAUCUUUCGACCCAAGGCAGGAGGCUCUCUAAUGGCCACGGCUGGUGUUGUGGUGACUGCGUUGAAGAUGUGUUGCACAAAGUACCGUCACGUCAGUGGGGAAGUGCGAGACUGGUUGGACCGAGCCAAGGAGAACUACGGUGGCUGGUACAGCGAGGCCCAUGUGAACAACGUCAAGUGCCUGGUGCGUCUCAUCCCACUCUUCGCCUGUCACAUACUCUACAGGUUCUGCAUACUACAGAUCCCAUCGGCUUACUUCAUACAAACAAUGCACUCCAACCUGAACUACAGAGGGUUUCUCCUCCCUGUAGCAGCUCUGAAUGUAGUGGGCCUCAUCCCUGUGUUGCUGAUCGCUCCCUUCCUGGAGUGCCUUGGAUCCUACCUCCUGAGUCUUCACAGAGACCCAAUAUCACCACUCACCCAGAUCGUUCUUGGACACGUGUGUGCAACGUUGUCCCUGGUGGUGGCAGGGAUAUCGGAAGUACACAGGAGGAAUUUCCUCCUUGUGGAGCAGGUGCUAUCCGGGAAGGUGCUCCUUGUAUCUUCCAUGCCCUGCUUCCAGCUCACUCCUCAGUACCUUCUCCUUGGAGUCGCCGAGGCACUGGUCACGCCAGCCUAUACACUGAUCACAUUUAGACUCUCUCCAAAGAGCAUUCAAGGAAUUGCAAUGCAUUUCAUGGCUCUCUUCAAUUGUGUGGGCUGCUUUGUAGGAGCGAUUAUAAUUCAAAGCAUCUAUCAAGUAUUUGGAGGUCAAUGGUUUCCAGAUGAUCUGAACAAUGGGAAUUUGGACCGAUUCUUUUUCAUUGUAGCAGCAUUCAUGCUCCUAAACCUCCUGGCCUUUUGGCGAAUCUCACACAGGUACAGGGACCUUCGUCAAGAAGAGGACUGGUGCGUGAAAGGAAGUCUCCUGGACAAACUAAUAGAACAUGAAAAGUCUCUGAAAUUCUAUGACAGCAUUCUGGAAAGUUCCACCACCUUCUGUCCUGUGGAAGUGGUUCUUUGAAACAAGCCCUUUGGAUACAGGGUUUUACAGGGCCACAGGCCAAAUGGAGGCAAAUGGGACUAGCCCAGUAUGGCAACUUGGUCGAUAUGGACAUGGUGGGCUGAAGGGCCUGUUUCCAAAGUAGAUAGUACCAAUGUUUAUAUUUGAAAUUAUCUGCAAUUUAUCAUAAAGUUAGUCGUACAGCAUAGAAACGGGCCACUGAGUCCAUGCCGACCAGUGAUUGCCCAUUCACAAUCAUCACAGGACACUGAGUUGGAUGAUCAGCCAUGAUCAUAUUGAAUGGCGGUGCAGGCUCGAAGGGCCAAAUGGCUACUCCUGUACCUAUUUUCUAUGUUUCUAUGUUUCUAUUCUGUUAUUCCACUUUCUCCUCUACUCCCUACACACCAGAGACAAUUUACAGAGGGCCAGUCAACCGACAAAUCCGCACGUCUUUGGGAUGAGGGAUGAACCCGGAGCACGUGGAGGAAACCCAAGCAGUCACAGGGAGAAUGUGAAAACUACACAUGGACAGCACCAGAGUUCAGGAUGGAAUGUGGGUCUCUGUCGCUGUGAGGCAGCGGCUCUACCCGCUGCACCACUGUGCCGUCCCACCUGAUAUCAUAACAGCGCUAUCAUAAAACGUGCAAAGUAACCAAUAACUUUUUAUAUUACUCUAUUUGUCAAACGUUAUCGCUUGUCACCUGAUUACAGAAUAUCGGUUUUUUAAAGUGCAGUCAAUUCCUAAGUCUGUAAACUGCUGCCAACAUUAGUGCCAUGUUUCCAAUUCUCGAUGAUUCUGACGAACGCAAAUAUUUUCUUCCGCAAUAACGAAUAUUCGAAUAAAAUUCUCGGUGAAAUAACUGCAGAUCAGCAGUCCUUUUUGCAAAAAAAAAAUGACACAAAGUGCUGGAGUAACUCAGCGGCUCAGGCAGCAUCGGUGGAGAACAUGGAAAGGGACAUUUUCGGUUAGGACACUUCUUCAGAAUCUGAAGAAGAAGUGUCCCGACCUGAGAAGUCAACCAUCCAUGUCCUCCAGUGAUAUGAAUGAACAAAUAUACAAAGCAACCUCCAUCUACACUUCUCGCUGCCUCAGAAGGCCACCAACAUAAUCUGGGACCUGUCACACCCCGGUCACUCAUACAUCUCCCCUCUCCCAUCAGGUAAGAGGUACCAAAAGUGUGAAAACGCACACCUCCAGAUUCAGGGACAGUUUCUUCCCAGCUGUUAUCAGGCAACUGAAACAUUCUAUUAACAACAAGUGAGCAGUCCUGCCCUCCCAUCUACCUCAUUGGAGAACUACAAACUAUAAUCGGACUUGACUGGACUUUAUCUUGCACUGAACGUUAUUCCCUUGACACUGUGGAUGGCUUGAUUGUAAUCAUGUAUAGUCGUUUCACUGACUAGAAAGCACGCAACAAAAAAGCUUUUACCUGUACCUCAAUACAUGUGACAAUAAACUAAACUAAACCAAACUAAAGUAAAUGUGUGUCAGAAUUUUGAACUUAAGGGAUCUCAUUCGUAUCAUGUAGUGUCCAUGAGUCGGCGUUUGUAACCCAGGCCAGCCCCGUCAGAACAUGGGCAACAACUUCUGAACAAAGAAUGUACUUAUGCAGUGCAGAUGUUUUUACACGCUUGAAUCUGAACAUUAUUACAGGAAUGCACAUCUCAGGUCACACUGCACUGUUUCCAAAAGUUUCAUCAUGAUAAUACUGAAUUUGAACAGUUUAACAAUUGUUUUAAGUCAUUGAGUCAUACAGCACAGGAAACAGGCCCUUCGGUCCAUCUUGCCCAUGCCGCAUCUAAGCUAGUCCCACCUGCCUGCGUUUGGCCCAUAUCACACUAAACCUAUCCUAUCCAUGUACCUGUCCAAUUACCUUUUAGUCUAUUGUCCUAUUGUCUUAUUGAGUUUGAUUUCCGACCCGAAACGUCACCUGUUCCUUUUCUCCAGAGAUGCUGCCUGACCCACUGAGUUGCUCCAGCAUUUUGAGUCUGUCAAGUGUCUUUUAAAUGCGAUUAUAGUACAUGCGCCCUUUGCCUCCUCUGCAACUUGUUCCAGAUACCCACCACCAUCUGAGUGAAAAAGUUGACCUUUGGGUUCCCCUCACCUUAAACCAAUGUCCUCUGGUUCUUGAUACCCCGAUUCUGGGUAAAUGACCCUAUGCAUUUACUCUAACUAAACCCUUAAUAAAGUUUUGUUUUUGUGCAGGUCGGGAUAUCUAAGGACUCUUACCGCUUUAGAAAUGGAGAUUUAGAGUCGAGCCUGUCGUGGUCUAUAAUAAAGAUGAUGUAUGUUGUCCUAAUUCAGAGCUCAUUCCGUUUUAAAUCUCUCCAUUUCUGACACUGGCUUGACCUUACAAGUGCAAUUGAAUGUUUGUGUGUAUUUUCGUAUGUCUAUGAGGAAUUUCAUGCAGGACAUUCACAGCAAGCUAAGAGAGCCUCACCCCUGUACUUGCCCUCAGUACACACUGCUAAUCCUUCAUGUGACAUUCGAGGUUGUUGCCAGCACUCGAGGGUCUGAGUUAGCGAUUGAAGAUAGACACAAAAUGCUGGAGUAACUCAGCGAGACAGGCAACAUCUCUUGAGAGAAGGAAUGGGUGACAUUUCGGGUCGAGACCCUACUGCAGACUUGAAGAGUUAUCUAACAUGCAUGUAACAUGGUUGAGUUGCCUC